GUCACUGUCAGUUCCAGCUGUUUACCUUUUUAAUCGUCAUCACACCAUAUGUGCCAGUUGUCAAUUUACAAUUUUAUUAACAUUUUAUUAACACAAAAAUGAACUCCUCCUAUUCUAACUAUUUAUAACGUACAUAUGUGAAAGUGAAUGAUAAUGACUUUUACCCCUUUUAAUAAAUAAACCAGUGAACAUGUUUACAUCACUGAAAAACAAAAUUCGCGAAGAAACAGGGAGUGAUCUAUCCAAACUCACAGCUAAAAUCACCUCUUCAACGGUGCAAAAGAUCGAAUCUUUAAGAGGAAGAUCAACGCAAGGCUCUACUUCAAGCCUAAACUCUAUAGUUUCUUCAGAAGGCGUCAAAGAAGAUGGUGGUAUUGAGUCGGAUGACUUCAAAAAACGGUUGAUGAAGCUAGAGGCAGAAUUUGUGAAAAAACUGGACCAUAAAGAAACCGAAUGGCGCGAGUUGUUGAAAGACAAGGAUAAGAGGAUACAAGCGCUGGAAAAAGAUAGGGAAGAGUUUCAGAGCCAGCUAGGGAGCCUCAAAGAAUCUUUGAGAAGUGCUGAAGAAUUCAAUUCAAAGAUACUACUGCACAAAGAAAACAAUGAACAGCUAGAAAAUCUCCAAUGCCAAGAAUUAGCUAAAGUAAAAAGUUUAGUCCUGUUACGAGAUCAAGAAAUUUUAGAAAAAUCCACUGCCCUCAAAGAUGCCAACACUCAAUUAGAUAAGCUACGAAGUGAAGUGGUGCGGUUAAGGAGGCAAGAAGAAAUACUAAGCGAUGUGCAGGACGACCUGGAAGCAUUGCGGCACAGCACUUCUAGAGAUCUAGCGCAUUUAGCGUCGGAGCUAUCGAAGAGUGAACAGGAGAAGAAGUAUCUGCAGGAUGUUGUUGUGAUUCUGCGACAGAAUAACAACGAUGAAGGCGUCGAUAGCAAAAGCGCUUCUGAAAGGAAACUUUUGGAGCAGAGGCUCGAGGAAGCUCACUUGCAUUUAUCCGAUAUCAAGACUUCUUGGAGCGACAAGAUAGCUUCCCUGGAAACUCAAGUUGGUAGACUAAGUAGACAAGCAGCAGAAGAAGGAUCUGAAAGAAGACGAGCGGUACAAGAAAAAUUAAAGCUGGAAGAAAAAGUGAAACAACUCGAAGCUGAGCUGGAAUGCAGCAAAUUCGAGUUGAUAAAUAAAGAAAUUAAAAUAAAACGUCUCACCGAAGAUGUCAACGAACUGUCAACAGAACUUAAAAACUUGCAUUCCGACAACGAGGAGGAAAUUACUUUCUUAAGAACUGAACUUGGAAACGUCAAAACCGAUUUAAACACGGCCAAAAAAAAUUUAGAAAACAUAGAAAACGAACUAGAGAAAUCCGAAGACGAAUGCAGUAAACUUAAAAUAUCUGUCGAUUCGGAACAUUCCAUAAACGAAUCUUUGAAAGAAACGAUUUCCAAACUGGAGAAAGAUCUAGCUGAAGAACGAUCGAAUUCAAUUAACGUUCAAAAGACUUUAACCAGAGUGACUUCUGAAAAGAAUACCGUUCUUCUUCGCAACGCAGAAAUUUCCCAACAGAUGGAGUUAGUGAAACAAGACAUGCGACGACUAGAAAGAGAGAUGACCGAUCAUCUAAACAAACUGAAUACGCUAGAAGAAGAAAAUGACAAGUUAAAAGAUAGCGUACUAGUGGAACAGAGGCUGAGAAAGAAUAUAGUGGAAUUGGAGGACCAAAUCAUGGAGAAAAAUAAGAACAUCAAGACACUGCAGUUGCGCCUGGCCGACAUGAAAAAGACUCUUCAGCAGGAACUGAGGACACCAGGAAACCCAAACUACCACUCCGAUCUCAUGGACUUGAACUCACCAGCUAUUCUGACACCUACGCAAGUCUCAACGCGACAUUUCCCUGCAUUUGUCAAAAGAGAAGACGAAGAUGUCAAUUUUAAAUACCUAAAGCACGUAAUUUUUAAAUUUCUGACCAGUAGGGAGUACGAGGCUCAACAUCUGAUCAAAGCAAUAUCCACGUUGUUGAAGUUUACACAAGACGAAGAGAAACUGAUUCAAGACACCUUGGAUUGGAAGAAAUCGUGGUUUGGUUCUAAGCCAAAGUAUCCAGCAUCAUCUAAAUUGAGGAAUUUUUCUAAUAGUUGAUGGUUUUUUCUUGCAGAGCUGUAUUUGUAGUAGAUUAUGGUCGAAAUGUUCGAAAUCACAGUAUUAUGGUUCACCAUUGUUAUCAAUAAGUAAGUUAUGCUAUUAAGACUGCCCUAUUAUAUAUAACCUAACCUCCAAGUACCUCAUCAUCAGUAAACGCGGAAUUUUGACAACACCGCAAAUAUACAUUAUUGCCUUGUUUGAGGUUAGUUCUUCUUCAUUUCGAAUUUAGUCCAGGGAAAUAAGCAAAAAAGUGCUCUAUUUGUGACACUGACCCAGCCAGGCAAACUGCAUUUGUUUUGAGUAGUUAUAGAUGUCUAUAACAAGAGUCUAUAUUUCUUGAAGUCGAUUUUUGGACGUAAUUCACUUCAUUCAUUCAUUAAGCGUUAUAAUGGGGCUUAUCAACGCUUCUCAUUUGUUUCGAGCUUCAGUCAUAUGUCGUAUCAAAUACUAUUGACUGUUAUACAUCCAACUCCCACAGAAAUCUGGAAGCACGUUGCCACUAGCGCCACUGUCGGCUUGAGUUGAACUGCGUUUUGACAACGUAAAAUUUGACGUAAACAUUCAAAUUUAAUUUUAUAAAUUUUUGAAUAACGAGCUAAUUUUUCUAAAUUAAAUUAAAAUAAAAAUAGUUCAAACACUUAUACAAAAACAAUAAUAAAGCAAUUUUAUAAAUGUAAGGUUAGAUUGCUCUGGGUAUCCUACUCAUACCGCUAGGUGGCGCAAUUGUUUGCUUCCUCAAAAUUAAUGCGAAAUGUCAAGAGUUGUAUGUCUAUAGUAUUUGGUCGUAUAAUCCGUAAAUAAUAUUAAUAUACGACAUGUGACAAAAGCUCGAAACAAAUGAGAAGCGUUGAAAAGUCCCUAUCCCUAGGAAUUAUAGCUAACGUCAUGGCUUUCAAAAUCUUAUUCUUGGGUGAGGUAGAUUAUUCCUCUGUCAUUUAUAGCUUGCUGUGUGUAUUUGCUACUGUCGUGAAUCUUUUCCAUUUCUUCCUGUCCUAACACUGAACUUUCCAGUCUUUAAAAUUCAUUGUUCGUAUGUCUUCUUCUACAUCAUCCAGCCAUCGUCUUCUAGGCCUUCCUCUACAUUUGGCCCAUAGUGGUGUCCAGUUAGUUGUCCUUCUCAGCAUCUCUGAGUGUGGUCGUCUCUGCAUAUUAUGUUCUAUCCAUUCUAGGCGAAGAUAUUUUAUGUAUCUGACUAUAUUUCCUCUCUUUAAUUCUUCUUUAAUUUCGGCUUUUGUUUUCAUUCUUCUUUCUCCUUCUUUUAUUACAUUGGGGCCCAGUAUCAUUCUCAUUAUUUUUCUUUCAAAUUCCAGACUAUCUUUCUUUUUCUCGUUAAUCGUAGUUGUUUCCAUCCGAUAUGUUAAUGCUUCAGAAGUCAAACGGUGUAAGUCACAUUCUCCCUAAAAAUUACUUACGCGAUGUAACACAUAUUAUUAUACAGAGAGAGUUUGUAAUUUGGAAUAAAUUCAAUAUCUCAAAUACUAAUUGUUUUUUUUUAAAUGCUCAGACCCGUCGAUUAGUAUUUCAAAUUGUCCUUUUUGACAUACAAUUA